GUAGUCCUCUAUGAUACCAAGAUAUGAUACUAUGCAUUAGGGAUGUAGUAUCAUACACCAAUAUCAUAUGCAUGAUACUAGUAUAUGAUACAUCUCAUUACAACCAGCCUAAUGGACGGUCCCAUCAGUUAAUACACUCUAAAAACAUCACAAUUGCAAUUAAUGCAAUAUUAAUUUUAAUGUGCAACUAAAAGAUAAUUCUAUAUACCUAAAAUAGUUAGUCCCCACUAUCUCAAUUCCCUCAACAUGCACACAUGCUACCUUAUCAUAUAUGCCACCUCAUCACCCCACUAACUAUUUCUCUUAACAUGCAUGAAAAUUGCUAUUUAUAUUCUCUCUUAUCAUGCACACAUCCCAAUGUGUGCGCAUUGCAACCUCGUCGUCGACGAGCGGCACGGGAAGGCGUCUUCGAGGGUCCUUGGUUGCUGGUGGUGGCGGCACCGGCUCUCCACUCGAUAGGCGGGCGGCGGUCCGUGGUCCGGCGGUGGUCCGAGAUGGCGACACCCCUCCGUCGCCGGUAGGGUGUCGGCCGCGGAUUUGUUCCGCUCCUUUCCUCCUCCUCUCCCCGUCCUAGUGCCGCGCAGUCUCCGGUCUAACAUUCUUUGGGUCGGGAUGGCCGGCGGCUUCGUCGGUGGUUGGGGUUCAGUAAGGCGAAAGCCGGCACCUUGGUUAGUCGUGGAGUUGUCAGAUGGUAGGGCGGCGGCCCUGGCCGUGGGAGGCGCGGCGUUUGUGGGCGGAGCGUGCGUCUCAGGUGUGGGCGAGCAAUCAUGUUUACGUGGGUGGCGUGUUGUGGGUGGUUGACGAUGCUAGGAUGGGACGAAGGGUGUGAGAACUAGGUACAUCACUUGCCCAAUUUUACUGGCCGACGGUGGCGGUGGCCGUUGAUGUCGUACCCUUCCUGAAUGCAUCGUCGCUGUGUUCCCACUCCUCAUCUUGCUCCGGGUGAAAACCUGAUCUUCGGGAUCGAGCGUGGCGGCUAUCCAUGGCUGUUCCCUUCUUGGAGGCACCGUUUUGGGGUCUUGGCUUCGUUGUGGUCCGUCCCACUUCUCUGUUGUGGUUGCUCCUGAUGGAGGUCUCUGCAAGCACCAAGCGGUCUUCCUCAUCGUCAUCUUUUGUUUGCUUGGUUGUCGGUAGGGUGGUGUGGCGGUGCCUGGCACCUUUGUAUCUUGCCUUGGGUGCGGGGUGUGUGUAGUGGUGGUGUGUGUUUGUAUCGGCUAUCGGUUGUAAUCGGUGAGGUUUGCUUUAUAUAUAAAGCGGGGGAAAACCCUUUUUCGUAAAAAAAAUUAAAUCAUUCUAAUUAUAUUUCUCUCAACAUGCAUAUAAAAUACUACUUAUAUUCUGUAUAUAUCUACAACUUAUAAUAAUCAAAUACAAUAUAUUAUAUCUAUUUUAAUUUUUAUUUAAAUUUCAUCAAAAGGUAUUGCCACCAAUCCCCGCAACAACGCAUGGGGUAUCAUCUAGUUAACAUAGAAGUGAUUAUAGAGGAUCUCACUUUUAUCCAUAGCAGUUGGAGAAAUAUAAAUUUGAUUAAAGAUUUUUAGACGGAUUAGCUGAAAUUAUCACAUCCAUGCUCAUGCUUUCAUAAUGACAUGGAAAAUAUGCAUUAGUGUGAAGCUCCAUGAAAAUCUAGCAUCUCGUGGGUCUUGCUCAUCUUGCAAGAAACGUAUAAAGGUUCACAGGCCUUUCCAGAAAGAAAGUUGUUUUCUAUUUCGCUCUUGCUACUUCUAAGCAUGUGUUGGGAGCUACCACAUAAUACCACACAUCACCGAACAUCUACAUUCUCGACUGUGCGUCUGCCUCGAAGCAUUCUCAUCUAAGGAUUAUAAGAUAGGCAAACCAUGAAGACAUCGCACAGAGGAGUGUCCCAAGAGCAACAAUAUUCUCCGUAGGCUCAACGGCCAUCUCAAACACUUCGAGUAGCGAGUGCAGUCUGCAUCAUUGAAGGAAUCAGUCCGCUGAGGCAAUACUGCAACGACAUCCUCAUCAACAAUCAACGGCUUGCGGGGCGUCAGCAAAGGGCAUUGCAAAGCCGAGAUCACCCUAACUGCAUGAACCUUGCCAGCAUACUCAUCGACCAUCACCAAAGAAACUACCUCGGGCACAAGAGGAAAUCUGUAAAAUAAUGGAGGGCAUGCUAAAACUAUUUAGUGAAUGGGAGAUUCAGCUGCUUGUGCUUUCCAGCUUCAUGCUACAAACAUUCCUCUUCUUUACUGGGAGCCUUCGGCUACGUGGCACCAAUGGUUUUCUUAGAGGCGCCAUUUGGGUAGCUUAUUUAGCGGCAGACUUGGUGGCAGUUUUUGCCCUUGGCUUUCUGUCACGACAAAGGGAGUCCACCACGGAAAGGGGCACAAUAAGGGAAACCCACCCGCUGGCCUUCUUGUGGGCGCCUUUCCUCCUCAUUCAUCUCGGCGGACAAGACACCAUCACUGCAUUCGCCAUAGAGGACAACAGUUUGUGGCUAAGGCAGAUGUAUAAUUUGACAGCCCAAGUGGUCCUGGCCUUGUAUGUUUUCUGGAAGUCGACUGGUUUGCGCAACAUGCAACUUCUUCUCCCAUGCAUCUUUAUAUUUGUUGCUGGAGUCAUCAAGUAUGUGGAGAGGACACUGGCUCUCAGGGAAUAACAAGGAUUCCGAUAGGAAAGAAAACAAGUAUACAGACACGGCACUAGAUCAUGAGGAUGCAAUCUACCCUAGGAUUGUUUGUUACGCUUUGGAUUGCGCGCCCGUCAUCCGACAUCUAUUCGCUGGGCGCACACUAUACCAGAUAGAAAAAGACAUUGCUCGAGAAGACAAAUUUGAUGAAGGCCAGGUUGUCAAGUUGAUCAACGUUGAACUUGGAAUCAUGUAUUAUGAUCUAUACACUAAGGCGUCAGUGCUUCGGACAAGAAGUGGCAUUAUACUCCGAUGCAUAUCCCAAGUAUCAGCCACGGUUGCCAUGGUGCUCUUCGCAAUUAGCAACAAGCGACAAUACAGCAUAGCCGACGUUGUAAUCACAUACGCGUUGUUUAUCGGAGGUUUUUCCCUGGAAGUUUUUGCAAUGUUUGUGAUGGUCAUGGUGUCACCUUGGACAUGGGCAUGGUUGAAGGCCAACAAGUGUCGUUGGCUCGCCCGCAUGUCUUGGAUUCUUCUCUCCAGCAAUAUCAUCGGGUGGCCGGAGGAGAAGACACUGUGGUCCAACAGCAUGGGGCAGUACAGUUUUCUGAGCUACAUUGGCUGUGAAACACCAAGUAGCAUGUCGGGACACGCGAUGUGCAUGAUCAGGAAGAUAGCGAAGGCAGUUGGCGCUGGAGGGGCCGGAAAGUUGUUUUGGCUGAGCAAACUGCUAGACACCAAGUCCGAGGUGGUGGACAAGCAGAUCACGGAGAGUUUCAUAAAGGUGAUUGACUCGUAUGCCUUCUCUUUCCCCCAACCACAGUGGCGACACCUCGGUCCGUUCCUGAAGCGGCAACUAUCAGGCGACGCCGCGGAUUUCAACGAUCUGGUGCUCCAGUUGCACUUGCUGACGGAGGUGCAGCUCAGCAUUGUUUCAGUGUCUACGAGAAUCAGCAUGGAUGAUGCCGAAACAGGCGUUUUGGUCAGCCACUGCCGGAAACUAUCCAACUACAUGAUGUACAUUGUUGCAAUACAUGCAACUUCCAUGUUGCAGGUCAUUGGUUCUAGUCCCGGGGAGCUGCUCGAAAGCGCACAUAAGCGUGUGAGACCCAUAGGCGGCGACAAGACGGCCAUCCUGCAGGAGCUGAGAGAUGCUCGUGUGGGUGGGAACAUGAAGCCUGAUUUGUUUAAAGAAACACUGGAGGAAAUCAGGGACAUGUGGGUGAGGAUCAUCAUGUACGCCGCCGGCAAGUCCCGACCGGAGAAGCACGUGGCGCAGCUCGCCAGGGGAGGGGAGCUGCUCACCUUCGUCUGGCUGCUCAUGAUCCACAAGGGGGUUGGGGAUACCGCACUAAGCAGGGUCGACCUUACCAGCAAUCCUACUGCUUUCGAUCUUGAGGUGUUAUACGCCUUGGAUUUUCGCCAUGAUAGAUCAGCGUCAGCGUCAUCAUCAGCUGGUGACGCCUCUCCCUCGGCGUCCUCCACCUCCACCCCACCGCCAUCCUCCUCUCCGCCCAACACCAACAACGGGGCCUCGCCGCCGACCUCUACUUCUCCCCCUAAAUCCCAGGGCGAGGGAGCAUAAUGGAGCAAGAAGAAUGGUAGAUAAGAAAACCAAUGUGUGUGCCCUGCUGAUCAUAGAUAAGGAAAAACCAGUGUGUUCCUUUCAUCAGUUUAAAAAAAAACGGAGGCAAAAUUCGUUUCACCAGUUUGGUGUGGCUUUUAUUUGACUGCAGCUUCCAUGAUCUAUUUGCUGCACCUUUUUUUACUAGACUCCCAGAGAGACACCUUGCACUUUUGAUCAGGUAUACAGUCCACAAAUUCAGUGUGUAUGUUUAGCGUGACAGAUUUUUCUCUGUAGUGUGGUGUUGUAACGGAAUGAUGUUCAGAAGUUCAGUUUAUAUCGAACUGCAGCUUCCAUGGUCU